AUACAAUACCAGUACACAAGUACUAUUCGUGUUCAGUGUUCAACCUAGCGUCGCAUGUUUGUAUACAACACUAAUAAAAAAAUCGGAUCCCUCCACCCUCCCCCUUGUAUGUUUCAAAUACCACAACCUCGUCCACAGUACACAUCUACUGCGCAGUACCACCUCUUCUCUCUAGACAGGAAAUCUCAGGUGCCUACUUGGACUCCGGCCACAAAAAAUCAGGGAGGCAAAUGGCGCCUUCUCGGAUGGCUGGAGGGGGAUCACAUUCUUCUUCAAGUUCUGGCAUUCUCUUCCAAGAGUACAAUACAUUGGAAAACACAAACAUGAAUACAGCUUUCGGGAACUCGUUGAAUUCUCUUGCUGGCAGCAUGCAUCCUAACUUGGGACAAUUUUCUGGGGAUGCAAGUAAUACAAUGCUGAACAGAGUGAGAAGCUCUGGGCCCAGUGUUGGGGAAAGUUCGUUAGUUGCUGAUGCAAACUCGGGACUUUCUGGAGGUCCUAAUCUGCAGAGAAGUGCAAGCAUCAGUACAGAUUCUUACAUGCGUUUACCAGCUUCACCCAUGUCAUUCUCAUCCAACAAUACAAGCAUGUCAGGAACAUCAUCCAUUGAUGGGUUGUCCGCAGUGCAUCAAUACUCCAGUCAAGACUCAAAAUUUCAACUGAUGCAACAAAAGCAGCUGCAGCAAGGGGCUUCAAAUUUCACGUCCUUGCCUACUGAAGAUACAGGGCAAGCGCCACUUCAAAAUGCUCCCAGAUUCGUUCAUGAUCAAUUUAAUGCUUCUCAUGUGCAGAAGAAACCUCGAUUGGACAGUAAGCAGGAAGAUAUUCUGCAACAGCAGUUUAUACAACAACUAUUGCAAAAACAAGAUUCCAUGCAGUUCCAAGCAUCCAAUUCUCAGCAUCAAGCUUUAGUUCAGCAGCAGAGACUAAGGCAACAGCAGCAACAAUUGUCACAGCCUAUGCCUUCAGUGAAGCAGACACAGUUAUUGGACCAGCAGCAGCAGAUGCAGAUGAGACAGCAGCUUCAACAACAGGGUCUGCAGUCCUCAUCAUGCUUGAAGCGGCCGAAUGACAGUGGUGUGUGUUCUCGCCGUGUGAUGCAAUACCUGUAUCAUCAGCGUCAUCGACCACCUGAUAAUAAUAUUGCCUACUGGAAGAAGUUCGUGGCUGAGUACUAUUCUCCACGUGCAAAGAAGAGGUUGUGCUUGUCGUUAUAUAAUAAUGAUGGGCAGACAUCCAGUGGUGUACUCCCCCAAGCAGCCAUGGAUUCAUGGCAAUGUGACAUGUGUGGUUCAAAAUCAGGACGAGGAUUUGAGUCAACUUUUGAAGUGCUUCCUCGACUCAAUGAAAUCCAAUUUGGCAGUGGUGUGAUUGAUGACCUAUUGUUUUUGGAUUUGCCUCGUGAAUGUAGGUUCCCUUCUGGAAUAAUGAUGUUGGAAUAUGGUAAAGCAGUUCAAGAAACUGUAUAUGAACAGCUCCGAGUUGUUCGUGAGGGUCAACUGCGCAUAAUAUUCACUUCCGAUUUGAAAAUAUUAUGUUGGGAAUUUUGUGUAAGGCGCCAUGAAGAUCUUAUUCCUCGCAGAUUCGUUGCACCACAGGUCAAUCAGUUGCUACUGGUUGCACAGAAAUGUCAAAGCACAAUUGCUGAAGGUGGAACUGGUCGGGCUUCACAGCAGAAUCUGCAAAACAACUGCAGCAUGUUUGUCUCAGCUGGGCGGCAACUUGCAAAGCGUUUGGAAUUACCGUCUUUGAAUGAUUUAGGAUUUCCAAAAAGCUACGUGAGGGGCUUGCAGAUCUCUGAGAUCGUCAAUAGCAUGAAAGGUUUUAUGGCUUUCUGCAGAGACCAAAAGUUAGGGCCUAUAGAGGCUAUGAAAAUUAUUUCUGGAGGUGCAAAUCCUGCUAAGCUUCAUCUGCAAAAGAUGCAGGAGUUGGAACAGUUAGCAGGUAGCCAGGGUUUGUCAAGUGAUUGUAACACACUCAACAAGCCAGUAGCACAACAGCUUGGACUCGGCAAUCAAGAGAGCAAUAACUAUACAAUGGUUAAUAGAGGAGCAUUGAGUGGCUCAACUGAAGCUGCUUUAAAUUGUUCAAACUACCAGAAUCAGCUGACUAGACAAAAUUCUAUUAAUUCAAACUCUAAUUUACAUCAGCAGGAGGCAAUUUCUUCCCUUAGCAACCUGAACCAAAUUUCUUCCUCAGCAGGUUCUCGCUUGCAGAAUCUACCAGUCAGUGGCUUCUCAAAACCUCAUCUCCUGCAGCCUCAGCGGUGUUCAAGUGGUAAAACUUCUCUUCAUCAGAACCAUUCCCAAACUUCUCACACGAAUCAGGUUGUGCAGCAGAACAUGAUUCAGCAACUACUGCAGAAUAUAAACAAGGGCAAUACUGGGAGUCUGCCACAACAAUGCCAUUCUGGCCAAAGUGCUAGUGGGAGUGGUGGCAGAGAUAGACCUGGGUUUGGGAUUAGCGGUUCAGCAGCAGGAACUGUCGAUGCCUAUGGCUCUGGAGGUGCUAAUGGAUCUGUGACGACUACAAGCGACAGUCGCAGAGGAACUUCCAAUAGCGAGUCUUCUGCAGCUGGCAACUGCCAGAAAGCACCAGAUGUGGCACAAAAUGUGCAGCUAUCAGAAGAAUAUGUUCAGGAACUGGUGAAUGAGUUCAGAGACAGUGGUUAUUUUAGCGGUGAUCUUGAGGAUGGUUUGCCCUUUAGUUGUACGGAAGAAUAAGAAGCUGAUGCUUGUUAUUGGCGAAUCAAACAAGUUGCUUGUACAUGAUUAUCUGUUUUGGCUUCCAAAUUUGGAUUUAUUCUUUCUUUUCAUUUUUGUCGGUAGUGGGAACAGAACAAAUAGACCUGUCAGAAUAUGGUUUUGGACCAAUUUUGGUUGAUUAAUAUGGAUUUGGCUGGUUUAUGAACCAAAAUCAUAUAUUACUAUAUUAUUUCAUAUAUGGUUAUAAUUUGGUUUGGUUUUA